GGGGGGGCAUAAUAGGUAGGUAGGUAGGCAGGUAGGUAGCUUUGGAGGCCGUAGUCAGCUUUCCAUGUGGCGUCAGGCGGGGGCAUCUGCUGGGGAUGAUGGCGGCGGAGGGGGAGGAGGGGGGGGAGGAGGAGCAGGCUGUUCCGAGGGAAGUAGCAGCGCGAAUGCAGGAAGGACGAGUAACGGCGAGGCAGGGGGUGCUCGCAGAAAAGGAGGUGGAGAUGGAGAAGGAGGGGAGCGCGCCGCCGCCGGAAUCGCUCUCGCUCUCCUUCUGAGCGAUUCCGGCGGCGGCGGCGGCGCUUUUCCCCGUUCGCUGCCUUGUUGCAGCAGCAGCAGCAGCGGCAACGGCACCAGUUCUUCUCACCGUCACCAUCAUUCCUAUAAGCAUCAUCCCCACCCCCAAUCCCAUCUUUACCGCCAUCGCCAGUACGAACUUUUCGGUCGGGGAUCGACGGACGCCGACAGUCGGAAGAGCAUUUGUUACGUGUUGGACGUGGCGGCGCCGCCGGCGGGGGGCCGGUCGCCGUCCUUCUGCGAAGGCGGGAAGAUCAAUAUCGACGGCGUGAGGGAGGUCAUCCGGCACCGCCUGCAAGGGCUGCGAUGGAGCGAGUCGCAGCCGUACGGCUUCUACAAAUUCGAGUGGUUUGUCUCGUGCAAGCACGGGCCGAAGGUCGUGGAGAUUGAUAAACAGGCGGUGUACGGGAGCGUAAGCUUCGGCAGGCGGGAGUUGGUGGUGGAGGGGCAGGCCAAUUUCAGCACCGUCGAGGCCAAUGCCCGGGUAUUCGAUGGCAAAUGGAUGUAUGAGGUGACUCUCGGAACGUCAGGGAUUCAGCAGCUGGGGUGGGCGACGGGGAAUUGUCCGUUUAACAGUGACGAUGGGGUGGGGGAUGUGCCGAAUUCCUACGCGUUUGAUGGGAAGAGGGGGAGGAAAUGGAGCCCUUCGUCGCCGCAGCUAUACGGUCAGCCAUGGGCCAAUGGCGACGUCAUCGGUUGUUGCAUUGAUUUGGAGUUGGGAGAGAUUUCCUUUUAUAGGAAUGGGGUUUCGAUGGGCGUGGCCUUCUCCCAAGUACGCACCGAGUAUGCUUAUUUUCCCGCCGUGUCCAUUCUCCACGGAGAGCGGUGCGAGUUGAAUUUCGGCGGGCGACCUUUCCGAUAUCCGGUUGAGGGAUUCGCGCCCCUCCAGGAACCGCCGCUCGUUGCGCUUCCGCUCGAUCCGGAGGAGUCACUGCGAUGGGGGAAGUUGGGACUCUACGGCAGUGCGACGGCGCAAGCGCAGUAUCUGUUAGAGUGCUUGCGACGGCUUGUGCGCGCUCGCAAACCUGGCCGAGGCGACCUCGGCGGCGAUGAUGGUUCUCCUUCCUUUUCGUCUUCUUCUUCUUCUUCUUCUUCUUUUUGUUUCUCGUCUUCUUCGUGUUCAUCGGCGAGUGUGCGGUCGUCGAUCGAGCGGCUGACUAUGGUGGACCCCUUGGAGAGUAAGGAUGUACUCAGCGUAGCGGGGGCCAUCUGUGUUUACCUCAGCCCGUUGCUGACGGGGGAUGUGAAGCUGGCGGCUAAUCAGCUUAACUCGAAGCCAGAGAGGAAGCGAUGGGAAGGCGCGCCAAGAGCGCGGUCACGGAGCUCGGUGGGUCUUUGUCGUGACGAUUUCCAGCUUCUGUACUCCGUUUCCUACGACGUUUGGGGCGAGCCUAUGAGCAGCAGCAGAAGAGGAGCAGUGGGAGGAGGGGCAGGUGGACUGCCAGGAUCCACUGUCCUCUCGUCCCUUUCUUGCUCUAAUAGUAAGUCGUGUAGAGGCUAUGAUGAUGGCGCAGUGGGAGGAGGAGGGGGUGUCGCGUCCGCUGCUGCUGUGAUGACUUCUUCUUCCCCCUCUUCUUCUUCAUCCACGUCAUCCUCAUCAGCGUCGUCUUCGACUUAUCCCGGAUUAGAGUACGUGAUUUGGGCCACUCUAGUUCCCUUCUUGCUUGAAACUCUAGGUCCCUCUCCACCUCACGAUGGGGAUACCCUCGAUAACGUCGUCUCUCUGCUUCUGCGGUGCUUAGACUCUGUCGCUCUCGAAUUUUGUAUUCCUGAGAUUUUCGAGGCUUUGGCCUAUGGGUGUCGGACUUCUUCGCUGGUUCCUCGCGACUAUCCUUAUACCGGAGCGUAUAAGUAUCUGGCGCUGGCAUGUAGACUUGUGAAGAGCCGAGAGGUGAUGGAGCGAUGGUGGAGGUCACCGGGUUUCGAUGUGUGUCUCGAGGGCUUGCUGACCCGCAAAACGCCCAACAAAGUGGAUCUGGAGGGUCUCUUUCCCGUGGUCUGGUGGCAUGGAACGAGAGAGGAGUGCUGCUCGGAGACGAAGAUGAAACAGGCAAUGCAGGGACUCGGAAGUGCGAUGAAGAAGGUUGAGGAGCUGCACGUUGAGCUUUGCCGGUCCAUCAUCGAUUUCGUACCAAGGAAGGAGGCAACGGCUCUCUGCCCGCUGGAUGGAGAAAGGACUGUAUAUCACCGUGGGGAUGUUUUUCAUGCAUUCCUUGGACAACUAGUCUUGAAGAACAGGGGGGCGAACAGAAACAUCCCACCUGCAGGAUUGUCAGACAACUGCGUGCUGGUCUCUGUCUAUUUAGUUCUGUUGCAUCUCCUCACAGAGGGUUCGGGAGCCGUAGACCCAACAAAUCAGACUGCAAGGGGAUCGGUGGCAUCCUCAUCAUCAGGAGGAAGUGCAGGGGGAAAUGGGUUUUUGAGAAGAGGUGGCAGGCGUUGCUUUCCUGUUCGAUUGUUGUUAGAUUACCCUCAAUGUUACGACUUGCCGCGAUUAGGGGGAACGUUCAGUCAUUUGUCAAAGGUGCUACCCACGGAUCCCUCACAUAUGGAAGAUAUCGAGUGGGAGGAGGACCCAGGAGACGAGGAGGAAGAAGAGGAGGGAGAAGGAGAAGGAGCGGGUCGCUUGGAUGAUGUCAAAGCAGGGGAGAGUGGAGUUGUGAGCAGAGAGAGUGAGGCAGGCGAGGUGCAUAAUGGCUACUGUCUGGCUGGUACAAGAGGCCACGGGUUCCGGCGCUCGUCAGCUGAGAAUGGUCGUUAUGGGAGUGUACGUGAACAAGGAGGGGGGAUGCCUCUGCAACCAAGCAAUAGCACCGGACUUCAGGGUCAUUUACACAAUCAUCGGGAGAGCAGUCAGGGUCAUUUAGAAAAUGUUGUGGAUAAUGGUGGAGGGCGAGGAGGAGGAAGAAGUCGUGGUGGACCUGUGAGGCUCAGGGCGGCAGAGGAGAGGUAUGGUGGCUCCUGUACAGUUAUUCCGUCCAGCGGUGGUCAAACCGAAAAUUGUCCAAAUGGACCGGAGCAAGCCCGUGCUUCAGGAUCUUUGGAUGGCUUGUGCGGUAUCAGGGAAGAAGAGCUUCUGGACACCAUGGUGUUGUUGUAUCACUUGGGCAUGGCAUCCAACUUCAAGCAGGCUAAUUUGUAUCUGCAGAAUCAGAUGUUGGCAAUCUCCCACCUUGAUGAAUCGGACAGGAACUUGCAGGAAAUUGAGAUGACAGUCCGUGAGUUUGAAAGCAGGCCGAUGUCCGCUCGGAAUGAGAGGAAUUAUCAGCAGGCGCUCGAGUACAGGAAGAACUUGAAAGUGGCAAAAGUUUUCUACAGAGAGGAUGCCGCGGAAUAUGUGCGGCAGUUUGCCUGGUACCGUGUUUUGUUUUUCUCUCCAUCAAAACAGCAUGGGAUGUAUGCUACUUGUAUAUACAUAGUGCAACUGCUCUUGGCUGCGAGCAAGAGGGAGCGCAUUUUCAGCUACGUGCCAGAGUUCUACGUGGAGGCACUGAUGGACUCUUUUCAUGCCCUUCGAAGAAGCGAUCCCCCUGUUGUGCCACCUGCGGCCCUUAUGCGCAAGGGAUUGUCACCAAUGGCAACUUUUCUUGUCAUGCACUUCAACGAUGCUCGGAUUGCAAAUCCAGAUGUCAGAGAUGCCCUCCUGCAGUCAAUUUCUGUGCUUCUCCAGUACAAGGAAUAUAUGGCAGCAUUUGAAGCUAGCCGCACAGCUCGAGAGAGCAUGGUGGGUGCCCUUUUGGAGGCUUUUGACAACAGGUUCUGGAUUCCUGUCUCAAGCAUUCUGCUACGGUUGUGCAAGGGAGGGGGGUUUGGUGCGUCAAAUGCGCCGUCAUCGCAUGGUGGUGGUACUUCACCGUUAUUCCAGCGACUUCUGCAGAAGAAAUGUACGUCUGAUGAGAAGCUCUUUGCAUCUUUUCUGAAUCGCCUUUUCAACAUGCUUACCUGGACAGUCAUGGAGUUCUCUGUUGCGAUGAAGGAGGUUCAAGAUGUUGUCAAUCAGCGAACGGAUACUCUGCAGCGGAGAUGCAUUGUGAUGUUCGAGUUGUCUUGUAACAUGGAGCGCGUUCUCGAGUUUCUGACGCUGGAAUUACCACACGUGUUCCUUUGCGGAUCGGAAAUGAACCUGACACGUCUAUGUGAGCUUCUCAUCUUUGUGUUGAAGCACACGGCAACGGGGCCAGGGGCCCUACUGUUCGACAGGUCCUUGAUGGUUGGUGUGUCCUCCAUGGAAAAGGUCAAUCCAGCACAUAUGCUUGCACCUUUGGUCGGGAUUGUGCUGAAUCUUGCUUCGGCUAGCUCUUUCAAGCCAAGGGCCGGAUACCCUCUCUGCAUUGCCCGGGCCCUUGCUGCUGCUGAUGUCUCUGGGAGUUGUCUUGAACACUUUGACUAUCUCCUCCAGUAUAAUUGGACAGAGGCUUUUCCAGAUGAUUCCUCUCUCAAGCGGCUGCCGGAGUUGAAGCUUUUUGCAAAGAGGCUCAAAUUAGAGAUUGAAGAACUGAAACACCAGGCCACAAAAGAAGAGGAAAGGAGAGAAUGGCGGAACAAGCGACUGCAAGCACUUGGUCCGUUGGAAGGCGAAGAAGUGGAAGUGUGCACAAUCUGCUGCUGGAUGGAUAUUGACACAAUUUUUCUUCCGUGCAAGCACAGGAGUUGUAGACGCUGCAUCUCUCGGCAUCUUCUGAACAACAAGAGAUGCUUUUUCUGCAAUGCGUUCGUCGAAGAUUUAUCUUUUUUUACUACGGAAGGUAGUUGUGAAGAAGAGAUGGGGAAGAAAGUGGAAGAGGAUCGCAAAACAGAUCAAGACGACGACGAGGGCGGGAAAAGCGUUGUUGGGUGUGAGGUGAAGAGCUAGCAAGCAGCCGCUGGUAGCCAUACUUCGCUGGAGUGUAGCAGGUGAAUGGCAUGCAGGAGGGGUUGAUUGAGGGAGUGGCGUAUAUUUGUUUUUGUUGCAGGAGCGAUUCUCAGAGAGAGAAUUGCUAUAGGGUCCUCAUUGCUUCAACAAAAUGUAGGCAAAAGUGCGGACAGUGGCAAAGUCCUGUUCGGUGAAGGAACGUCAUUAAUGAAGGCUCCCUUAUGCCUUCGAUUCAUGGAGAACAUUUUGGAUGGCAGGUAUGGUUGUGGUCCUCUGCUUCUCUUGCCUCUCUACUCAUUGCUGCUUCUGCCCUUCCCCGACCCCACUCCUCUGCCUAUGCCCACUUCCUCCGCUCUCUCUCAUUUUGCUUCUGUUCAUUCUCGCCAUAUAUUGUUAAUCUACCCCACAACUUCGCCACGUCAUGGCCGUUACUGACACCCAUUUGCUAGAACUUCUUAUUCCACGACUUGCACUCUUAUCUGAUAACUGACACCAAUUUGCUAGAUCUUCUUAUUCCAUGACUUACACUCUUAUCUGAUAUCGUCUGUGUCUGGGCAAUCUGGCUUCCUGGGACCGUCAUUUCAUGUUUAGACAAUGACUUGGCUAUACCUCAUCUCUUUUAUGUCGUCGUCUUUUCUAGGCCUGUUUUGAUUCUUUCAACACUCCUUGUAAAUUGGCGGAGGAGUUGUGCAGUGUUAGGUGGUGUUGCUGAUUGCUGCGGGUAGAUCAGCUACACUGUGAUGUGAUUAGGUUCCUAUGUCUGCCUGCGUCUCCAAACUUCUGCAGCACAGUUUUCAUGCCUGCGACCUUUGGGCGCAGGCCCAGCUGUUCCUCUGGCAGACUCCACUGGUUUGGUGCUCGGAGGCCUCUCCCCUGUAAGCCAAUCUUCAGGCAAGUGCAUGUCUUCUGCAUUGACAAGCUGGUGCUGCUGGAAAGUCCCUCCCCUGUAAGCCACGCACUCUUAUGCCCCGAACGCCUGGAAAGAUUUCUGGUGUCAUCAUGGUUGUCAUGAGUGCGCCCGUUGGAGUCCUAGUGCAGCGAAGAUCUCGACCUUGCAGCUCCUGCCCGCUAUACCUUCUGACAUUCGGGGAUUUUGGCUGUGCCUCGAGUGUCGGGUGUUGCAGUACUGCCGGCCCAACAUGUUCACAUGACUGGUGGCCAGCUCAGCAUGGGUCCCUCGAUAAUUUUGGAAGGAGGUGUCAUCCAUCAGAUGUCUGGUGUGUAAACAGGAAUGCAAAUUUGAGCACACAGACGGGAGAGGUGGUGCAGGUGGCAUCGGGAGGACGGGGAGGGGGCAGGGGCUUUUUUCCUGUUUCUUCUGCUUUGAAGUGUCGUUUUUGACAGUAGGUUUCAUGCUGCCUUUCUUUUUGUUCUUUUUUCGGGGUUGUAUCUGAGCUCGUCAGUUCUGGGGAGUGCGUAGUUUCUUCAUGAUGCCUAACCACCCAGAAGAUGAGUUGUUUGCGACGGCAUCAUGGUUUCAAGGUGGUGGAUGAAGGAAAGGGGAGGGAGGGAAAGGGGCACAGCCACGUCUGCGGGCACAAGCGCCUCUGUGUGUGUGUGUGUGUGUGUGUGUGUGUGUGAGAGAGAGAGAGAGAGAGAGAGAGGUGGGUUGUAUCUCAUCUAAAAUCGUUGGGGGGUUGUUGUGGUCAGGGAUGUCCACAUGCUGGUGUGGGGAGUGUUGGGAUGUGUGCUGUCCGGUAGAUCAAGUGAUAGGAGCUGAGAAAUUGGAGAGGUGAGGACAUAUUGGAUCUGAUUUUUGAGCAACCAGCUUUGGUUGAUUGGCAGUUGUAUUACUCUUGAAGUGAAGACAAGCAGGAAGGGAAAAGGAAGCAGUGGUCAUGCAAGAAUUAUGUUGAGAGAGGGCCAGAGAGAAGGGGAGAGGAAGGGCGGCGGAGGGAGAGGCCAACGGGGGCGAGAGAGAGAUCAGGAGGAAUGUGAUAAGUAUGUUGACAGCACUUGUAUUCUGGAUGCAACCAGCUUGGUUGAUCGGCAGUCGUAGAACACGAGAAGAGGGGGUUUGUGAGUGACGUGAGGAGGGGAGUUUUGAGUGAAAGAAGGCGGCGAAGUUUGAGGCAUGAGGGAGGUUACGGGUUCGAUAUGUUCGUGGGAUAGGGGACUAAUUUAGGAGGAAAAGUGUAGGGUGAAGUGUUGAAGGGAGGGAUCGAGAAAUGUGUGUGUUUUUUUGGUUUCUUUUGCCGUGGUUCCCCAUUUUGAGGUGUCAGAAUGUAUUGUCUUUGUGUAUUGAAUGAUAAGAGAGAGUGUUAUCGGGAAGGAAAGGUGUUUCCAUUCUUUGUUCCAGCUGCAGAGAUGGUGUGAUUCCGUUGUGGGUCUCUGGGAGACUAUUAUUGGAGUACCGUCUGCAUGAAGGAGAGCGAAAGCUUGUGGAUGAGUUUGUCACAAGCCCUUUGCGAGCGAGAUAAAUAGUGGUGGAGAUCAUUUAAGAGUGGGACUUGAUGUCGGUGGGUAUGCAGACGAACAGUGGUCGACUUGUGCUCCUAGGAAGUGAGGAAGAUUGGAUUCGGAACCGACCGGAGCUGUCCCAUUUUUCAUCUCCUUUGCAGGAAGUGUUCUGUUAUCCGAGUUGUGCAGAUUACCGUUGUAUUUUGCACAAAGGAUGGACAUCGGAUUGCGUUGAUGAUUCCUCUCUUCUAGAGGUCCUGUAUGAUGAAGAUCUGUCUACAAGAGGUGUAUUUUGGACAUUCUGCGACAACAACAAUAGGUAAACAACAACAGAAGGACAACUGAUGUAAGAACCAUUGCUUCGUCCGGUCUUAAAAUGCAAGCUACUUCGAGAGGCAUCCUCACUUGUUGCAUUGGAAAUUGAUACUUGUCUCUCGCUGCCUGUUGGCAGAGGGACGAACUUGAACUGGACUAUCGUUCUGUACCCACCUCCUAGCCUUCCCUGCCCAUAAUUUUUGUCAUGUUUACACAGGGGGGAUGCUCGAGAGAAUCUGAACGAGAGAAGCAACCACUGCCAGCCUGGAACAAGCGAUCCUGUUUUGUGGUGAUCGUCUUGCAGUCUGUGCGGUGUGUCUGAUUGAACUGCCGAUGGGCGUUCUCUCUUAGUCAUCGGUCCUCUCACUUGCUCAUCCUACCCCCGUUUAUGAUGUGUUGUCAUCUGGGGUUGGUGGUUUUCAUGCCUCAGCAAUGCUUGAGUCGGUCAAGAACGUCAAGUUGCGCAGUGCUAAGGCCUCACAGAUGUGCCAUGAAUCAUCGAUGACAAGAGAACACAGACACGGGGACAGGCAGGAGGGAAAAUAGAUACACACUGAGACAGACAGGAUAGAAAGUAGAAGUCCGAGCGCAUGCAAAGCAUCAAUAAAAUCGGUUACUCGUGUUGCAGGGAUCUGGCGAUAGACUGAUGUGUUAUGGGCGCCGGUUGUCAGACUUGCCUCGUGGGGGACGGCGUGUAGAGUCCCUGCCUAUCUGUCCUCGAACUCAUGAACAGCCUGGUGUUUGUUCAAACCAUGAAUGCAUAGUGCGAGAAGGACAGAGCGACCACUGUGGUGGCGGAACAGCAUUGUCGCUGGUCCAGGUCUGCCCCGGUGGAAAGAUGAAAUUCUACCCAAAAGGAAACGAGUUACUGCUAGCUCAGUUGGUAAUUUGGUACCCACUUGAAGUUUUCGGAUACGGACCGGAGCUCGAGUCCUGAUUGAACUUAAAGAAUGAAAGAAGUGUUGAUGC